ACUUGGCUGUGGGCUGUCUACGGAGCGGCUGGGAGGUUCGAGCUCUGUGCCGGGGGUGGACUGGCGGGCCGGGGAGGCGGAAGCUGCGGGCGUGGGCACCGCGCACGCGUGGGGAGCGGCUCCCUGAUUCAGCGCGCCCGAAGGAGGGUGGCCUCGCGCUGCUCCGCGGGCAGGAUGGGCCUCUCCGCCGCGGCCCUGCUGUGGGGCCUCCCAGGGCUGCUCCUGACCAUCGCCCUGCACCCGGCUCUCUCCCCGUGCCCCGCCCAGGCCUCGGUGCCCGCGCACCGGGACUACUGUGUCCUGGGUGCCGGGCCCGCGGGGCUGCAGAUGGCCUACUUCCUGCAGCGGGCCGGCAGGGACUACGCCGUGUUCGAACGCGCCCCGGGACCGGGCAGCUUCUUCACGCGCUACCCCCGGCACCGCAAGCUGAUCAGCAUCAACAAGCGGUACACAGGCAAGGCCAACGCCGAGUUCAACCUCCGCCAUGACUGGAACUCUCUGCUCAGCCACGACCCCCGGCUGCUCUUCAGACACUACUCCAACGCUUACUUCCCCGAUGCCGGCGACAUGGUGCGCUACCUGGGCGACUUCGCAGACCGGCUGGGGCUCCACGUGCUGUACAACACAACCAUUGCUCACGUCACUCUGAACAAGGAUCAACGGGCCUGGAAUGGCCAUUACUUCAUCCUGACCGACCAGAAGGGACAGGCAUACCAGUGUAGCGUCCUUCUCGUGGCCACCGGCUUGUCAGUCCCCAACCAGGUUGACUUCCCUGGCUCUGAAUACGUGGAUGGUUAUGAGUCCGUGUCCGUGGAUCCCAAGGACUUCGUGGGUCAGAAUGUGCUGAUCCUGGGCCGGGGAAACUCGGCCUUUGAGACGGCGGAGAACAUCUUGGGUGUCACCAACUUUAUCCACAUGCUGAGCCGCUCCCGGGUCCGGCUCUCCUGGGCCACCCACUACGUCGGCGACCUCAGGGCCAUCAACAAUGGCCUGUUGGACACAUACCAACUGAAGUCCCUGGACGGGCUGCUCGAGUCUGACCUGACGGAUCUGGCCAUUGUGAAGGACCACGAGGGCAAGUUCCACGUCACCCUGAAAUUCUUCCUGGAGGAAGGCAACCGGAGUGCCGACGCCGUCCCCCUCCCCCAGGACGAUAACGACAACUUCGCCUUGCGCGUGGCCUACGACCGGGUCAUCCGCUGCCUGGGCUGGAACUUCGACUUCUCCAUUUUCAGCAAGUCCCUCCGACUCUCUGCAGGGGGUGAGCUCAGCAAGAAGUACCCCCUGGUCAAAGCCAGCUAUGAGUCCAAAGGGAGCCGGGGCCUCUUUGUCCUGGGGACUGCCAGCCACUCCGUGGAUUACCGGGAAUCUGCUGGGGGCUUCAUCCAUGGAUUCCGAUACACAGUGCGUGCCGUCCACCGGCUGCUGGAGCAGCGUCAUCACGGCGUCACCUGGCCCUCCACCCAGCACCCCAUCACGCAGCUGGCCAGUGCCAUCAUCCGGCGCGUCAACGAGGCUUCUGGGCUCUACCAGAUGUUCAGUGUGCUGGCCGACGUGGUCCUGUUGAAGGAGAAUGCCACUGCUUUUGAGUACCUGGAGGAGUUCCCCAUGCAGAUGCUGGCCCAGCUGGAGACAAUCACAGGAAGAAGGGCCAGGCACGGGCUCUUCGUCAUCAAUAUGGAGUACGGCCGGAACUUCUCUGGGCCCGACAAGGACGUCUUCUUUUAUGACCGCUCUGUGGGGCACACGGAAGACGCCUGGCUGUCUAACUUCCUCCAUCCUGUCAUCUACUACUACAGGCACCUCCCCACUGAGCAGGAGGUGAGGUUCCGCCCCGCAGGCUGGCCUCUGCCGCGGCCCACGGCCAUCCACCACAUCGUGGAAGAUUUCCUGACGGACUGGACGGCCCCGGUGGGGCACAUUCUGCCCCUGAGGCGCUUCCUGGAGAACUGCUUGGACACCGAUCUCCGGAGCUUCUAUGCAGAGUCCUGUUUCCUGUUCGCCCUAACACGCCAGAAGCUGCCACCCUUUUGCCAGCAGGGGUACCUGAGAACACAGGGGCUCGUGGGAACCGAGAGCCUCCGCCAGCGCGGCGUGGAGAGUGGGCUCCUGUGGGACUAUGCCACUGUGGGCCGGGGGGACAGCGGCCAGCAACCUGGCGACCACGGGCCAGGACAGCACCCUCUGGCUCCAGGGCCUCCGGUCUCGCCCUUCGACAGCAACAAAGAGGAGCUCUGAUGGCCAGGCUUCUCCUGCCCAGGCCCACAGUCAACCCUGCUCUUUCCCCACGGUGCAGUGCUCCCACCGACGUGAUUGCCGGAGACACCUCAGAUCAUCUCAGUGACCGCACCAAAGCCACACGGAGGGCACGUAAGGGCUGAAGGGCGGCCACUCGGUGGUCUCCCCUCCUGUUCGGUUCAGGGGUGCCUGGGAAGUGGGGUCCAGGGAAAGCAUCUUCUGCCAGAUGGAAGGGAGCUGCCUUCCACACCGGACUUGUCUGCAAAUGAGCUGUCACGGAGCACCAGGCUGGCCUCAGUUCUGUCCCCAUCAAGUGCCCAGUGGUUCCUUUUCCUUCCAGUUGUCGACUUAAAAAAUAUUCACAACCUAAAAGUUGAGAGUUAUGUUUUAUUCAGCGGGAAUUUUUAAGACUUCAAACCCAGGAGGCAGCAUCUCAAAUAACCCUGAAAGAACUGCUCCGAGGAGGUGAGGGGGGAGCCAGGUUAUAUAGAA